AUGCAGCCGUUGAUCCUUGUUACUAUUUUCUGCUUAUUUGCAGAGUUCACUUGUACAGUUUGCCUAGAUGUGAACAGAGAAGAUAAUCGUUGCGAGAUAAUGAUGAAAAGAAUAGCUUCGGAAGACAAGGCAAUUGUAACAGAUAACACACCAUCUAGAUUACGUACAACUUGGAUAUCCCAAGAAUGUGAACUACGUGUUGGGCCUAGAUAUAUCACAAGAAAGUACAGUUUCUUCGACAACGACACGUUUCUUCUGUUGCAAUAUCAUUAUGCCGAAGAAUCAUGCAGCAUCGCAACGUAUACCGUCGUGGCGCGUGGUUCCAUCAAUAUUUCCUCACCGUCCGUCACGAUUCCUGGUGCUGUGGAAACUAAUGUACAAUUGGAUUCGGUUCACUUGAUACCGCUCAACAGACAAGUUGCUCAUAAAUUUGGACGUAGAGUGAAUGCAAGUUGCGGCGGCGUCGAGACUAAGUGGCGUCCUUACUUGGCUCAAUUGAUCUACGAACGACCCACAGAUUUUUCGUCAGACACGAGCUUACACGUGCACGACUUGAAUUCUAAUUCUCUUCAAAGCCGUUCGCUACGUUCAAGAAGACGACACACGUUGGAUUGUCUCGAAUCUUUUGGUAUCGAGUUCGACGAACUAAGACUGCUGCGAGUCGAAGUGAAAAGAUCGAAACUUGCGACGAAUUCAUCGAGACGCGAUACGGUUAGCACGUUGGACAAAAGUCACGAAACAGUGGAAUUAUUGCUUGGUGGACUUGCUCGAAAUGUUCGUUCUCAGAAAAUAGAACCAAGACCAAAUCGUUUGCAAGCUACACCUCUAUUGCACGUUCGUACGGCCUUCGGUUGUCCGAUUUGUGGAAGCGUGAUUAGAGCUACCGAAUAUAGUCCACCUUUGUUUCAUCAAACACCAUCCUUUCCAGCGGUGAUCGGUGGUCUCUGGUUGAGCAUCAGAUGCGAAAGCAUCGAUGGAGGCUUUUGGUCCAGGAGAUUCUUUAGGAUUUACUCCGACAACAGCAGAUGGUUCGCGCGUUGGACCUCCUACGCUGAUUCAGCGUGUUCAAAUUCUUUAUACAUGGUUACCGCAGCUGGGACUUACGUUCAACGAGCUGUUCGAAAAACUCGAGAUACUGAUCGUUCGAACGUGAACGGUGAUGUUGAGAACAUUUUGCAAGGGAGCGACGAAUCAAUUACGUUGCGAGCAAAUCAAAGACAGAAGAUGAAGGUCGAUCAACAGGAGAUCGUUGAUCGUAUGACACCUUUCUCAGCUCAAACAGACCUUACUCUACCUUCUGGAACAACUGAAUUAGAAUUACGUAUCCUCGAGAGUCUGUUAAUUCCUGUUAAUAAAACAACGUCAACUCGUUGCGGGACAAGUACGAAAGGAGCAAGAGAAAUGAAACGAGUAAGAGAAAACGAAGGUGGUUUAUGGUCGAAAAAUUGCAUACCGCCAGGUGUCGAAGCUUCUGAAACUUUAACAUUCAAAGCAAAAAUUGGCCUUGAUUGGAAUGGGGAUUACACGUUGCUUUUAGCUUCAUCCAAGAACGAUCUUUGGGAGGCACCUCUUCGACGUUGUUCCAGUGCAUCCACGAGAAAUUAUUUUCGAGCAAAGAACAAUUUUCGAGAAUCCUGGCACGAGUAUUUAGCAUUUUCUCGAAGACGCAAUCGUUACGACAGAUUCAAUCGAUAUAGACGGCAUUGGUUUUCUGUUUCCUCUGCUACGUGCCUCUGGACAAAUACUUUAUCCGUCAUGCUGCUUUUAUACUGGUUACACCUUGCCUAUUGA